UGGCCCAGCCAGCCCGGCCUGGACAGCUCCAGCUGCCCAAACAGAAUACGUAGGAGGAGGAGAGGGCUCGGACAUGGGGAUAAUCAGCACUGGCCCGUCUGAUCGAGAUCGGUAAUUUUUUUUUUUUUUUUUUGGGAAAAACCGAGAGGCCUUAGGAAACAAUAAAUCCGUCUCUGGCACAAAAUCUGCAAAUACAUAUAUGUAUAAAAUACAUCGAUGAGCUGAAUGAAGACUGCAUACAACGCCUAUAGAUGUCUGGCCAAGGACCUGGAUGCCUACGCCAUGGAGCCAGAAAUGACAAUGGACAGCAUUGGCAGUCUGCACGGUGGGCUAAGCCAUGACCAGGAUCUGAUGAGCAAUCAGAGUACGCAUCACGAUCGGAGCGCCGGGGCUUUGCGAUUACAUCAGGAUCUAGCGGCAGCCUCUUCCCGAGCUGCGAUGGUGUCGAGCAUGGCUUCUAUUUUGGAUGGGGCAGGGGAGUACCGUCCGGAUCUAUCGCUGCCGCUGCACCACGCGAUGAGCAUGCCGUGCGAAACGUCCCCGCCUGGGAUGGGAAUGAGCAGCACCUACACAACACUGACUCCACUCCAACCUCUGCCCCCGAUUUCGACCGUUUCGGAGAAAUUCCACCAUCCGCACCAUCAUCACCACCACCACCACCAGCGCCUCUCCGGGAAUGUGAGCGGGAGCUUCACUCUGAUGCGGGAUGAAAGAGGUUUACCAGCAAUGAACAGCCUCUACAGCCCCUACCAUAAGGACAUGACGGGGAUGGGUCAGAGUCUGUCCCCUCUGCCCACCAGUCCUCUCGGCAGCGGCCUUGGCUCCAUCCACAACACCCAGCCAAGUCUUCAAAACUAUAGCACGCACGGGCACGACAAAAUCCUAAGCUCCACUUUCGAUGCCCACACUGCCAUGCUGGCCAGAGGGGAUCAGCACCUCUCCCGGAGCCUUGGUAGCCCCACGGCGGGGAUGAUUCCGCAUUUGAACGGCGUGCACCACGGGGGGAAUCAGGGCCAUGCUCAAUCCCACGGGCCCCUGUUGGCCUCCGGCCGGGACCGACCACCCUCCUCCUCCUCCGGAACGCAGGGUACCAACUCGGGGCAGCUUGAAGAGAUAAAUACCAAAGAGGUGGCACAGAGGAUCACAGCGGAGUUGAAGCGCUAUAGCAUCCCGCAAGCCAUUUUUGCUCAGCGCAUCCUCUGUCGUUCACAGGGCACCCUGUCCGAUCUCUUGAGGAAUCCAAAACCGUGGAGCAAACUUAAAUCGGGAAGGGAAACCUUUAGGCGCAUGUGGAAGUGGCUGCAGGAACCCGAGUUUCAAAGGAUGUCGGCUUUACGGCUGGCAGGAGAAUUCUGUAAGCAAGACGAGACUUCAGAGCGACUUAUGUAUUCUGCAUGCAAGCGCAAAGAGCAGGACCCAAACAAAGACAGAGGCAACACACCAAAGAAAUCCCGCCUGGUUUUCACAGACCUCCAGCGACGCACCCUAGUGGCCAUCUUCAGGGAGAACAAGCGGCCGUCCAAGGAGAUGCAGAUCACCAUCUCGCAGCAGCUGGGGUUGGAGAUCAGCACUGUCAGCAAUUUUUUUAUGAAUGCCAGAAGGCGGAGCCUGGACAAGUGGGUGGAUGAGGGUAGCCCCGGGGCGGCUUCCUCCGCCUCCAGCACCUGCACCAAAGCAUGACUGGGGGACUAGGGUGAUGAGGGUGUGGCUGGGAUAGGAGUACCAAAGAGUGAUUGGCAGAUCGGGCCAGUGGGGCCAGCCCUGGAAGUGGAGUUCCGAAUUGUGAUUGGGGGAUGGAGGUUUGUGGGCGGGGUCUGUACUCCAGGAAAGGGCGCUUCCUUGAGAUGUUUAAUUUUGCUUUUUUCUAAGUAUGAGAGAGGAAAAAAGGGCUGUUUACUGGCAAGAGGAACAAAUUGCUUCAAAGUUCUUGAAUCCAUUCAUCCAGGGUCAAGAUGAACCAAAGCGAUAUACAUUCACUUUAACCCGUGAGGGACUGUGAUCCACUGAUGCCGUCAGAUCUGGUUGUUAUGUUUUCUUUCUGCCCGUUACUGAGUGAUUAUUAUAUCUAUUUGAAAAAAA